AUGUUGAACUUGCAGACUCUUGUCACCAUUGUUUCCCUCGCUUUGGGGCUAGCCUCUCACACUCUUGGUGCUGUCCUGACCAGUAGCAUCGAAAGAGUCGCAACCGACAAAGCUGCCCUCCAUGUCAACGGCAUCGACGUCAAUGUCGGGACGAUCUCCGUCCCAGAAAGCCACAUAGACAGGCUCAUCAACGCCACCCUCCGCGUGCGAUCACCGCACCCGGAGACGACGCUGACGAAGAGAACGGUCAAUAAUUGCUGCUCCUACGGAUGCAGGAGGACGUGCGUUGACGGGCUCAGCACCUCCCCUGACCCCCCGACGUCCGGCGACUGCGCGGCGUUGAAAAGUGCGCUCGAGGCACUCGCGGCCAGCGAGUUAGUCGGUGCGUCAUUUCCGUGCAAUUUACCCAACCAAGCUUCGUGCCCCAACUUCAUCGUGUCGCCCGGCUAUGAACGAGCGUACUGGUACGGCACCUGCUUAGUCGGCUUCAUCAAUCUCAACCCAACAGGCGGUGCGGAUGAAUCAUACUGUGACUAUCUCAUGGCUGGGAUCAUUACGAGCUCGUAUGACGAGUGCGUCGCGACGCAAGGGAAGACCGGGGGCUAUUGUCUUCAGUAUUUGAGUCCAGGAUUUGUAUAUGCCCUCGAGUAA